GCGUCCAGUUCCUGCUUCACAAACACGUCUUUCCAAUGAUUUGACUAUUCAAAGUUAAACUCCCAUGCUGCUCAGUGUUGACAGAAGUCACCUGUGGAGAAUUCUUCUUGACUGGGGCGGUUAGUCACAGUUGUCUUUGUGCUGUGCUUGAAGUUUGAAGAUUCUUCCAGGAUCUGGAAGCCCAUUGCCUCCAUGUAAUUCAAGAAUAAAGGAACAAGGGAAGGCUGAGGUGCAAAGGCUCCCAGGAUGCCAUGGCAUUUCCACGUUUUACUUUCAAUCCAAAGGAAGGGAUUGAUAAUCCAGCUCUGGUCAUAACUGAUGAUCCUGAGCCCAGUCAGAGUUUGGUGCCCACACUGUGCCAGCUGAAGCGUCUGGAGGGACAGAGGUUUGGCUUCUACCUGCGGAUGGACCAGAGCCGUGGGCGCUUUGAGGUCAGAGAUGUGGAGCCGUGGAGUCCUGCAGAGCGCAGCGGUCUCAGAGACGGAGACCGAGUGCUGGAGGUCAACGAGGAAUAUGUGGGCAACAUGGACAUGUUCAGGGUGGUGAGGAAAAUCCAGUCGUGUAGCUUACACCUGUUUCUCCUGGUGUUGAGGAGAACAGAGUACGAACAGGCAGUGUCUAUGGAUGUGGACCUGAAGAAGCUGGCCAAGGUCUCCAAAGGAGGCCAUUGGUCCAGACCCAGACUGUGUCACAUCAGCAGACACCCUGUGUGUGGCCUGGGGAUGACCAUCAUCUCAGUGGAGGGUCAGAAAGGCCAGUACAUGGUGAGCAGCACAGUGCCUGAUGGUCCAGCAGAGAGAGCUGGAGUUUGCACUGGAGACAGACUGAUCUGGAUCAACGGAUUUCUUGUGUCAACGCUCACACACUCAACUUUAAGCAAAACUGUGAAGAAAAGGGGGGACUCUGUGACGGUGCUGGUCACUGACAGUGAGAGUGAGGCUUGCUAUGUCAGGAGGAAGAUGCCCAUCCUGCCUGUGGUGGCAGAAUGCUACUACCUCCCCCACAAUGCCAAGACCAUGUACUUAGGUAAAGGACACAACGGAUAUGGCUUCCUGCUUAGACAAGAAAAGCUAGCAGGCAAAUAUCAGACAGUUCAUGUGCUGAGGGAGGUGGAUGUGGGAAGUCCAGCUGAGGUGGCAGGGAUGGAGGAUGGAGACCUGCUGCUAGCUGUCAAUGGGGAACCUGUUGAGUCUAUGGAUCAUGAGGACAUCGUCCAAAAGAUUAGACAGAGUGGUGAUGAAGUAAUCCUCACCUCUAUAUCCAUACCAGGAAGAGACUUUUACAGAGAGUUAAGCAUUUCUCCACUGCUGUUCCAUGAACAUGGACAUCUGACAUGUCCCACAGUGUUUGCUCAGGCCAGAGAGGAGAGAGGCUCAGCUUUUCACUCAGACUGUGUGCCGGAUUACUCAGGACCUUUAACCAGUCAGCCCUCAAGUGAUGCUUUCUUGUAAAGGGAACGAACAAAAGGCAAAUGACCAAAACCAUCACCUGACAGUGGAAGAGCAACUCAUUUUACAUCAAACUGAGAUGAGACACUUGCAGAUGAAGUUGUGGUUGGUCACAGAUAUCACCUUUGUGUUACCUGGCAUGUUUAGGCACUUCAAUCUGAGGGUGAGAUUUUAUUUUCUGUCAAUUAUAAUCAAACAUUAUUUUGUGUGAAAAUCCUUGUAACAUAGUAUAUGCUAAAAGCAGUGCAAUAUAUGUGAAAUAUUUGGCUCCAUAUUUAACAUAAUGACACAUUGUUUCUAAUGGCCUCUGUAAUCUGAUCAGCUGUAACUUGCACUGUGCCUGGAUAUAUUCAUUCAUAUUCAUUUUUAAUAGUAAAAUUAUGAUAUUUUAGUUA